AUGUUCCGAAAAAUGCCAUUAUUUAAACCGAGGACGGUGUCAAAGAGUCCUGUUGCUCAAGAGAAGACUACGGGUAACGGAGCUCACAAUCAUGAAGGUCAUAAAACCGUCAGUAGUAGUAGUAGCAAUAAUAAUAUAAAUGGAACUGGUAAACGGGACAAGUUCGGUCAUCAAGAUCAAACAGAGUCAACAGAUGAUAAUCAAAAUUCAAGUAAGACACAUCUGGUCUUUCGCUGUCAGUUAGCACAUGGCAGUCCAACGGGAUUUAUAUCGGAUUUUAAAAACGUCCGUGAACUUUAUCAGAAAAUAGCUGAGUGCUAUGAUCUACCAACAAGUGAAUCAUGUAUGUAUGGGAACACAUCGUCACUAUCAGCAUCAUUCAUCACUAUUAUUGAAUGCCGGAAACAUUGGUCAUGGUUCAUGACCCUGCCAGCGUUCCGGAUAUCCCACUGGAUUCUUUUUUGUACGCUAAACACCCAUAAGGUCGAUAUGAACGAAUUAUUGGGCGGACAAAUAGGAUUAGAUGAUUUUAUAUUUGCUCAUCGCAAAAGUCGACCGAAAGAGAUUGAAUUAGUUAAAACAGAAGAUGCGUUAGGAUUAACGAUCACAGACAAUGGAGCUGGAUAUGCAUUUAUAAAACGGAUAAAAGAAGGCUCAGUAAUUGAUAAAAUUAAAGUAAUACAAGUAGGUGAUCACAUAGAACGAAUAAAUUCGGAAAACUUAGUUGGUAGACGACAUUAUGAGGUCGCUAAAAUAUUGAAAGAAAUUCCGAAAGGUUCAACAUUUACUCUAAGAUUAAUAGAACCUCAGAAAAGUGGAUUUGGCAGUAUUGGUCCACGAGGUGAUAUUAAAAAAAAUAAAAAAUCUGGCUUUGGAUCGGGUAAAGAAACACUGAGGUUCAAAGCAGAUGGAAGUACGCAAAUUCAACAGGUUGAUGAUUCCUCAACGAUUGGUGUUGAAAAAAUAAAUAACAUUCUUGAAAAUUUCAUGGGUAUUAAUGACAAUGAAUUAGCAACCCAAAUUUGGGAAUUAGCGGAAGGAAAGUCCAAUAGCAUGGAUUUUGCUGAAGCUAUUGAUAAUUCAGAUCUUGAAGCUUUUGGAAUUAUAAAAUGUCAUAAAAUAUUUUUUAAAAUAGGAGUUGGUUGCCGACAAACAAGAAAUAAAUUACAAAUUAAUAAGAUAUGUGCUGUAAAUUUUUCAAUAAAAAAUGACACACCUGAUGAAACAGAAACAGAUGCAACAGAUUUGAAAGCACCAGUUGGAGAUGGAAAAUUGUUUAAAUCUGUUGAUCAUGCUAUAAGUGAUAUACCUGAUGGUGCGAAAUUAUUAGUUGGAGGUUUUGGACUCUGUGGUAUUCCUGAAAAUUUAAUCGCUGCUAUAAGUAAAAAAGGAUGUAAAAAUUUAACAGUUGUAUCAAAUAAUGCUGGUGUUGAUGAUUUUGGUUUGGGGAUACUUUUAUCGCAGCAAAGAAUAAAACGAAUGAUUGCUUCUUAUGUUGGAGAAAAUGCUGAAUUUGAAAAACAAUAUCUCAGUGGUAAUCUUGAAGUUGAAUUGACGCCACAGGGUACUUUAGCAGAACGUAUCAGAGCAGGGGGUGCUGGUAUACCAGCGUUUUUCACAGCAACUGGUCUCGGUACUAUAAUCCAGGAGGGUAAUGUCGUAAUAAAAUAUAGUGCCGAAGGUAAGCCUGAAAUAUCUGGUGAACCGAGAGAGGUUCAGGAAUUCAACGGACGAAGCUAUGUCAUGGAAACCGCCAUCACUGGAGACUUUGCGUUAAUAAAAGCUUGGAAAGCUGAUAAAGCUGGAAAUUUAAUUUUUAAAAAAUCAGCAAGAAAUUUCAACCCUGUCAUGUGUAAAGCAGCUAAAGUUACAAUUGUUGAAGCUGAGGAAAUUCUUGAAGUUGGUCAACUGGAUCCUGAUCAGAUUCAUGUACCCGGAAUAUAUGUAGAUAGAAUUUUAAAAGGCCGUAAUUACGAAAAACGUAUUGAAAAAUUAAAAACUAAUGCCUCAUUAAAAUCAAAAAAAGCUACACCAGCAACUAAAGCAAGAGACAAAAUUAUCCAACGUGCUGCUCUAGAAUUUAAAGAUGGAAUGUAUGUUAAUUUGGGCAUUGGAAUGCCAAUGUUGGCUGCUAAUUACAUUAAGAAAGGUAUGAAUGUGACGCUUCAGUCUGAAAACGGAAUUUUGGGCCUUGGUCCUUAUCCAGAUGAGAGCCAAGUUGAUCCAGAUUUAAUUAACGCUGGAAAAGAAUCAGUAACAGUCGCACCUGGUGCAUCUUUCUUCAGUAGUGAUGAAAGUUUCGCUAUGAUCAGAGGUGGUCAUGUUGAUUUGACAAUUCUUGGAGGUAUGCAGGUAUCAAAGAAUGGAGAUUUAGCAAAUUGGAUGAUUCCUGGAUCAAUGGUCAAGGGUAUGGGCGGUGCGAUGGAUUUAGUUUCUGCUGCGGGUACAAAAGUAGUUGUCACAAUGGAGCACAAAGCUCGAGACGGAAGCCCGAAAAUUCUAGAAGCUUGCACAUUACCAGUCACUGGUCAACAAUGUGUCGACUUGAUCAUUACAGAUUUGGCUGUAUUUGAAGUUAUUGAUGGAGGUUUACGGUUAAUUGAAUUGGCACCUAACGUUGAUAUCAGCGAAGUUGUUAGUUCAACCGGUUGCGAAUUUUCUGUUUCUGACGAUUUGAAAAUAGAUCUUUUUUAUUAUUAUCUGUUGAUUGUUAAUUUUACAAUGUUUUCAUACAUCAUUAAAUUUGGUAGAGCUAAUUAUAAAUACCCACAAAGUUGUUUACAAAUAAAUAAGAUACUUGCUGUGAAUUAUUCAUUAAAAAAUAAUACACCUGACUUUGAAAAUGAUAAAUCGGAAUUAAAAAUACCAAGAGAACAUAAAAAAUGCAUUAUGUCUGCGGAUUCAGCAGUACAUGACAUUCCAAAUGGCGCAAAAUUAUUAAUUGGUGGGUUAGGAUUAGGUGGUUGGCCGUUAAAUGCAAUUGAUGCAAUCAUUAAAAAAGGAUGUAAAGAUUUAACAGUCACAUCUGUAACCCCAGGAGUUGGAGAUAUAGGCUUACAAAAGUUGUUAAUUCAAAGACAAAUAAAAAGACUGGUAACAUCAUUUAUUGGUAUAAAUCCAGAGUUUGCAAAAGAAUACAGUAAAGGAAAUUUAGAGUUGGAGUUGAUACCACAAGGUACACUUGCAGAAUCUAUCAGAGCUGGCGGUGCUGGUAUACCAGCAUUUUUUACUUUAACUGGUUGUGGAACAUUAAUUCAAGACGGUAAUGUUGUAAUAAAAUACGAUAAAGAUGGUAAACCUGAAAUUUUAAGUAAACCAAAACAUGUUCAACAAUUUGAUGGAAAAAAUUAUUUAAUGGAACCUGCCAUCACCGGUGACUUUGCAAUUAUAAAAGCUUGGAAGGCUGAUAAGGCUGGAAAUUUAAUUUUCAGAAAAUUAGCAAGAAACUUCAAUUCCAUUAUGUGUAAAGCAGCUAAAGUCACGAUUGUAGAGGCUGAAGAAAUUGUUGAAACUGGUGAACUUGAUCCUGAUAGCAUUCAUGUACCUGGAAUUUACGUAGAUAGAAUUUUUAAAGCGUCUCAUAAUGAUAAAUUUACUAAAAUAAUAAAAACCCUAUCAAAAUUAACAGUAUCACCUGUAAGUAAAAAAAAAGAGAGAAUUAUUCGACGCACUGCACUGGAAUUUAAAGAUGGAAGAUACAUUAAUUUAGGUAUUGGAAUACCGAUGUUAGCUGCUAAAUAUAUUAAUAAUGAUACUGAAGCAUUUUUACAAUUCGAUACGGGAGCUCUAAAUUUUCACUAUAGUCAAGAUACGGAUCGAGUUGAUCCUGAUUCGAUGGGCCAUGGAGUAGCUCCAGUAACAGUUUUGCCUGGUACAUCUUUUUUUGGUUGUGAUGAGAGUGCCGCUAUGAUCAGAGGUGGUCAUCUUGAUUUAACAAUUCUUGGAGGAGCACAAGUAUCAAAAAAUGGUGACUUAGCGAAUUGGAUGAUUCCUGGAUCAAUGAUAGUGGGUAUGGGUGGAGCGAUGGAUUUAAUUUCUUCUCCAAAAAUAAAAGUAAUAGUGACAAUGGAACAUAAAGCUUCAGAUGGCAGUCCAAAAAUUUUAGAUAAAUGUACCAUUCCUCUAACAGGGGAAAAUUGUGUAGACAUGAUUAUCACAGAACUAGCCGUGUUUGAAAUUGUCCGUGGAGAAGGCGUGACUUUAAUUGAAUUAGCUCCUAAUGUUGAUGUAACUGAAGUCAUUGAAGCAACUGGCUGUGAAUUUUCUGUAUCUGAUGAUUUAAAAAUCAUGGGUCAAAUAGAUGAUAAUCCAAACUAA